UUGGAGGACUGCAACGAGGACUAUAGGCCUAUACUGGAGAUGCUGGUGCACACCCAGGCGUUCGUGCAGUUCAUUGUGGAGAGGUCGGAGCGCGACCCCAGGGACUAUGAGGUGCUUUUCUUCGACCAGCACAUUGCGAGGAAAUCAGCGCGGACGGCCAAGUCAAAGUACGGACACUGCCUUUGGCUAUAG